UUUGCAUCCACACAUGCCGAUGGUGGUUGAGCUAUCCGUUCCUUCUGGGAACUACUCGCCAUUAAUUCUGAGAAUAUGAUUCCAGCUUUCUUCUACUUAAAUAGUUGAUGCCUUGUGGCCUUGCUUCCCCAUUCUUCACCUUCAAAUCUCUCUCUCUCUCUCUCUCUCGCGCACAAACCAACCAACUGUUGCUACACGUGUAGGGCUUGCUUUUAUUUCAUUACUUUGUUGGGUAUUUAUAGUUGAGCUUCUUAUCGACUUUGCAGUCCAAUUCUUUUUCAUAAAUUAACCAUAACCUCCUACGAUAUUGUUUAGCUGGCCACACACAACACAACCCAGCCCAUAAAAACAUAAAGCGCAGAGUUAGAUAGGAAAAACAAAACAAAGGAAAAGAAAAAAAGAAAAAAAAAAAAAAAAAAACGCAGAAGGAAAUGGAUAGCAUAGAAAUGGAUAAGGAGAGAUUGACGGCUGAGAUGGACUUCAAGGAUUCGUCAUCUGCCGUCAUCAAAAUCCGGCGGCGCUUGCCGGAUUUCUUACAGUCCGUGAAGCUCAAAUACGUGAAGCUUGGCUACGGCUAUUCAUGCAACCCGGCCACACUUGUCAUGUUUUUAGUAAUUGUACCUCUACUGCUCUCCACAAUCAUUCAGCUCACCGGUCUGGAACUCGACCGGCUCUCUGAGCUGUGGACCAACCAAACUGUGAGACUCCAAAGCAUUGACGCCGCCGCCAGGCUAGCCGGUUCGGCCGUGCUGCUCUUCCUGUUGGGCCUCUACUGGGCCAAGCGGUCCAGGCCGGUUUACCUGGUGGACUUCGCCUGUUACAAAGCGGAAGAAGAACGCAAAAUGUCUGUGGAGUCCUUCCUAAAGAUGACGGAAGACAGCGGUUCAUUCAACGAGGAAACCAUUCAGUUCCAAAGGCGGAUAUCGACCCGGUCGGGUCUGGGCGACGAGACUUACUUGUCGAGAGGGAUUACAUCUCAACCGCCUAAAUUAAACAUGGAAGAGGCCCGGUUGGAGGCCGAGUCGGUUAUGUUCGGUGCAUUGGACUCGCUUUUCCUCAAAACCGGGGUCAAACCGGGAGACAUAGGGAUUCUUAUCGUGAACUGCAGCUUAUUCAAUCCCACCCCAUCUCUCUCAUCCAUGAUUGUCAACCACUACAAGCUCCGAACCGAUAUCAAGAGCUACAAUCUCGGCGGCAUGGGUUGCAGCGCGGGGCUUAUCUCCGUCGACCUCUCCAAGGACCUCCUCAAAGCCAACCCAAACACUUACGCCGUCGUCGUCAGCACCGAGAACAUUACUUUGAACUGGUACUUCGGCAACGACCGCUCUAUGCUCCUCUGCAACUGUAUCUUCCGCAUGGGUGGCGCUGCGGUGCUCUUGUCCAACAAGUCCCGAGACCGAGCCCGCUCUAAGUACCAGCUCGUUCACACGGUGAGGACCCACAAGGGAGCUGACGACAGGAGCUUCAAAUGUGUCUACCAGAGAGAGGACGACAAAGGGACGGUAGGUGUCUCGCUUGCUCGAGAGCUCAUGGCGGUCGCCGGUGACGCAUUGAAGACGAACAUCACCACCCUGGGACCUCUGGUGCUGCCGUUGUCUGAGCAAUUCCUCUUCUUCUUGACUUUGAUUCGGAGGAAGGUUUUCAAUUCCAAGGUGAAGCCGUACAUACCCGAUUUCAAACUGGCUUUCGAGCAUUUCUGCAUACAUGCCGGUGGGAGGGCCGUGCUGGACGAGUUGCAGAAGAACUUGCAACUCACUGAGUGGCACAUGGAGCCCUCUCGGAUGACUCUUCACCGCUUCGGCAACACGUCCAGUAGCUCGCUUUGGUACGAGCUGGCCUACACCGAGGCAAAGGGCAGGGUCUCCAGGGGCGAUCGGGUCUGGCAGAUCGCUUUCGGGUCGGGUUUCAAGUGUAACAGUGCGGUUUGGAGAGCGCUCAAGGCCGUACCCGUUGGGGAAUGUCCCGGUAACCCCUGGAUCGAUUCCAUAGAUAGGUACCCAGUUAAAGUCCCUUCUGCUUAAUUAUAUUGGAAAUGUCUACGUGGCAAAACGUAAUUGGUGAAUUGAAUGUCCAUCUGGGACUUACACUGUUUACGUGGCUUUUAUUUUCUUCUAUUUUAUUUAUUAUUAUAUGAUGGAAUUUACUAAUUUAUUAAUUAA